UCUAUAAAACUGUCGGAUAUGCGCACGCGCCCCUACUAUUCCACCUAAAAACGUAAACCUGCUUUGUUUACCUGUGUUGUCAAACACCCACCAUUACGUUUUAUGUGCUUCUUGUUGUAAAAAACGAACAUUAAGCUGUUUAAACUGUCCGGGAAGUGAUGGAUGAUCCUGGCAGAAUGAUGGGGCAUGCCGGAGGUGGUUUGAUGCCUCCGCAGCCGUACGGUAUGAACCCGCAGGGUGAUGCCCCGUCAGGGGGCGAAAACGAGCCCCGCAAACAAGAUAUAGGGGAAAUCCUACAACAAAUUAUGAAUAUUACGGACCAGAGUUUGGACGAGGCGCAGGCAAGGAAACACACGCUUAAUUGUCACAGGAUGAAGCCAGCUCUGUUCUCUGUCCUGUGCGAAAUUAAGGAAAAGACCGUUCUGUCGUUGAGGAAUACGCAAGAGGAGGAGCCCCCAGACCCACAACUCAUGAGGCUGGACAACAUGCUGAUAGCCGAAGGAGUAGCUGGUCCAGAGAAAGGUGGCGGUGCAGGUGCUGCUGCAUCUGGUUCUGCUGCAGCUCAAGCAGAUCUUUUCCCAGGGCAGCCGGACAACGCGAUAGAACAUUCGGAUUAUAGGGCCAAACUGGCCCAAAUCCGUCAGAUCUAUCACCAAGAAUUAGAAAAGUACGAGCAAGCGUGCAACGAGUUCACCACGCACGUGAUGAACCUGCUGCGUGAACAGUCGCGCACCAGGCCCAUCACGCCGAAGGAGAUCGAACGUAUGGUCCAAAUCAUCCAUAAGAAGUUCAGUUCGAUCCAGAUGCAGCUGAAACAAUCGACAUGCGAGGCCGUCAUGAUACUGAGGUCGCGGUUUUUGGACGCGCGUCGCAAACGACGCAACUUCAGCAAGCAGGCCUCGGAGAUACUUAACGAAUACUUCUAUUCGCACCUAAGCAACCCGUAUCCGAGCGAGGAGGCCAAGGAGGAGCUGGCGCGGAAGUGCGGAAUCACCGUGAGUCAGGUGUCGAAUUGGUUCGGCAACAAAAGAAUUAGAUACAAGAAGAACAUUGGAAAGGCGCAAGAAGAGGCGAAUUUGUACGCAGCAAAAAAGGCGGCGGGCGCCUCACCCUAUAGCGGCACUCCCACACCGAUGAUGUCACCGGCGCCGCCACAGGAUUCGAUGGGCUACUCGAUGGGAUCGGCCUACGACCAGGGCUCGGCGUACGAUGCCAGCAGUUGCGGAUACGACCCGAUGCAUCCGCAGGAACUGUCGCCCUAAGGGACGCAGCUUUAAGCUUACUGAUGUAUACCGUAAUGAUAGGACGUAGGGGCUUCCAGAUCGCUUUACAAACAUGAAACACAUUCAUUUUGUUGGGGUGUUUACACACAAGUCACGUAAUUCAUGUUCCUGAUUUAGUUUUACAUCAAUGGGCAAUAACAAAGUUUUUAAUCCAGUUUUGUGUGUGUAGUGCAGUCUAAUAGUCCCUCAAUGCAAACUCGUAUACCAUACAUUGUAUACCAAUAGUAAAUUCAGAAAAAUGGUUUCUGGAUUAUUUUUUUUAUAAAAUAAUAAUUCAGAAAGUACUUAUUUAUUUUGCCCUUAUUUAUUCGAGUCUCCUCUAAUUAAAAUUGAUUGUAUUGUGCAUUAUUACCUUUUUUGUCUUAUAUUUUCAACUGGCCUAGUCUUGUAACACUUAGUUCUAAGUUAAAUAUUUCAGCUUUAGUUAUAACUUCAUGAGAUUAUUUUUUUAUUUUGUUUUAAUGUGAUUUUAUCAGGCCUACUAUUGAGACUGACCCAGUUGUUUUUGGAUGGACAUGAAAGGUGUUUAGUUUAAGAUUUUAUGUUGUAACAAUUAUUUUAAUAUUUUAUCACAUAAGUUAUGUAUUUCUUCUGUAAUUUACAUAGAAAUUUGAACAAUAAAUGUGCAUUUUAUUAUUA